AUGCCUGCAGACUAUAAUGGACGCUGGGAGAUGCUGAAAAAUGACAACUUUGAGGACAUCAUGAAGGCCAUUGACAUCGACUUUGCCACCAGAAAGAUCGGCGCCCACUUGCAUCAGACAAAAGUGAUCGUCCAGAACGGAGACAAGUUUGAAACCAAGACGCUGAGCACCUUCAGGAACUACGAGGUCAACUUCAACAUAGGGGAGGAGUUUGAGGAGACGACAAAGGGUCUGGACAACCGAAAAGUCAUGACAACGGUUACCUGGGAAGGGGACAAGCUGGUGUGCGUCCAGAAGGGGGAGAAGGAGAAUCGCGGCUGGAAACAUUGGAUCGAGGGAGACAUGCUGUACCUGGAAAUUACUGUGCUCGACAAGGUCUGUCUGCAAGUGUUUAAGAAGGCGCAAUAA